UGAUAUAUGUAUGCACUAAUGUGGAUUGAAGAGUCUCAGUUGAGUGGUGAAAGUGAAUAGCCCAGAUGGAAACCAGUUACUAUUCUAAUAAUGUUCCCUCCUAAGGAUAAAGUACUGAAGAAGGGGACUGAUUAUUAAAACUAAGAAAAUGUUAUUGAAACAAUGUGAUUUGACACUGUGGAAGGAGGUAUCCUUUUGUUAUUAUUUUUCUCUUGAAAUGGAAUCAUAAGUGGAUAUGUAUAUGUAUUUUGCUUACUAAACAUUUCUUUUAACUAUUAAGCAACAGCUGUAUGUGCAUCUGCUGCAGUAGUUGUUGGGAGCCAGUUUUUUCCCUUUCAGAUACUGUUUAAAGUGCUACAGAAACCUGAAAACCUGGUUGAUCAGAGACCACAGCAGGAUAGAAAAAUGAUUAUGUAUAUUAUGGGUAAUAAUAGCUAUGCAAGAGUGCUUCAGAAUCUUGUAAAAUUAUCAUAUGUAUGCAGCCUAAUUUGCCAUGGUUGCGGUGAGCAACUUUAUUAAGCUAAAAGUACAAAUUGUACAAAAUACUUGGAGUCUCUUUGAUUUGUAUAAGUCCCCAGGAAAUAGACAUGUUUGAGGAAAUAUUGGAUUUUGCUGUUGUAUAGAUUUUUAAGAAUACUUCAUGAAUGAAUCUAAUUGGGCAUGAGAAUGAAUUUUAUCUGUAGUGAGAGUAAUAUGAAUUUAAUUUCAAAAUCUGAAAUAGCACUGUAAUGUACUUGAAACACUGCUUUUGUGGUAAAUUGCAAGAAUUAUAAGAUAUAUUAAUUAACCCUGAUAUUGUAAAAGACAGUGGCAUUGCAGAUAGAAAUAUAUAGAGUGAAUAUUCUUUUGGAAGGUUUUUUGGAUGCCGCAUAUAGUCCCACUGUACCACUGUAGUAGAGAUACAGAGCAUUGUUGGUGACACUGAAAUGGAAGAAUCCCAGUACCUUUUGGAACCUCCAUUGUUUAGCAGUGUAGUCUUGGCAGUUGUACCACCCCAGUUUUUAAGGGAAAAAAUGAUAUCCCCUCCACAGAAAAGUCUGUAAAUACCACAUUAGAGUUUUCAAGCAUUCUGUGCAGUGCUGUGAGUUCUGUGAUUAUCAUUUGGAAGCAGAUGUGGAUCAGCUUUGUAGACCCAUUAAGUUCUAGCAGUUAUUUUGUCAUUAAAUCUGCUACAAUAAAAUGUUCCACUGUUCACCAAAAUAAACCUUAAGGUUUUUAUUGAAAUAAUACUGUUAAACAUAAUUUGCUUUUUAAAACCCUCUCAUGACAGUAACGGAAUUCAGAGUAUAACUAAACAUUAUUUCUAUCAUCAAUAUUAUGUUCCCGACUUUGGUUUACAUCAAGAAUGAAGGACCUCAGGCCCUGGGGUGACAUGGGACCCACCAAGCUUCUCUAUUUGGCCCUCAAGACUUUCUCAGCUUUGGAUACAUCACAGUCCAAGCGAGAUGGAGGUUUCAAAAAUACCUGGGGCUUUAAUUGUUCAGAUGAAAGUGAAGGAGAUGCAGAAAAAGAUGAAGCCAGUCUGCUGACUGUGGAUGAGAGUGAUGGAAGCUGCAGUCCCACUGGUGGGAAAAAAGUGCUGCGAUUUCACUCAGGAACUAUUGGUGCCAGAGGCGAUUCUAUGAGAACAUAUGCUAGACGAAGCAAAAUUGAACCUGGUGCUUUAAGAGUAACCCCAAUUGGACUCAACAUGUUGGGAAGCAGCAAGAAAUUGAGUGAAAAUGUUCAAAAUAUUCCUUGUUCUGCAGCAGUAGUACAAGCUAGACGCUGUCACCAUGCUCAUGCACAAACAUCUUUAGUAAAAACAGCAGCGCAAAGCAAUCUGGAUCGAAAGGAAAGAAAAGAAUAUCCUCCUAACAUCCAGAAGAUAGAAAAUGACUAUGAUAGUUUGUCUCGGCUUCAGGAGAUGCAAAGUGUGAUGGAGAACAGAGAAGAGUCUGACUCAGAGUCGGAUUCAGGAAUUACGAGGAAGGUACAACUGAAACGUCACUGCACUUUGUAUCAGUCCGGUUUGCUUCCAUCUCCUGCUACCAAAAAAUGUGCAACUCACUUAGAGGGCUUGGAACAGAAUACUUACUCCACCGUUUGCCUAUGCGUAGGAAAACCAAAUGAAAGUCAGAUCAAAUGCCAAAUGUGUGGAAAUUUUUGUAAUGGGGGCUUGCAAAGGCAGUCCAUGCAAAGUGUUCAGUUAAAUGAUUCUUUGGGACCUUUAGCACGAGAACCUAUACAUGAGAAUUCAACAGGGCAAAAAUCUUUAAACACAGGACUAAAUACAAAGAAGUUUUAUGGAUCUUCUCCUGGGGCAGUUUCAGUUGAUUUCACAGCGAGGCGUAACAUCGGCUCUACUAUGUUGCGGCUGAAUGGAAAAGUCAGUUCUAAAAUUACAGGAAACUUAAGGCAGAAGAAUACAACUGCAUCUGAUCUAAAUGAUCCAAUUGUCCUAUCCAGUGAUGACGAAGAGGAGGAGGAGAUUGGCAGCACUAACAGAAUUGAGAGCAUAUCGCCACGUCCAGCAGAUUCAGCCUGCUCUUCUCCUGCACCUUCCACAGGAAAGGUGGAGGCAGCCUUGAAGGAAAACACUUGUGAACUAGAACAAAGGUUAACUAGUAUUACAGCAGACACAGAACCUGCAGUCAUAUUACCAAGAAAAUCAAGAAUGAAAGACCAGUUUGGCAAUGUUGUAGCCAAUGCUCCAGUAAAACGGCGCAAAGUCCUCUCCCAAGAACUUGCUACUGACGUCGUCGUAUCUUUAAAAUAUCAGAAUAAUUAUGAAAGCGUCAUCCUAAACUGUCGAAGCAUAAGAAUAGGAACCCUGCGAAGAAUGGUGGUGGAGCCUGUAAUUUUUUGCCUAGACUAUAUCAAGAUACGUCUGGAAGAAUCAGAAAAUGAUACUAGAGAUAUUUCUUUAAGAACAUCUGACCUUACAAAGUGUGAGUGGUGUGGUGUUCGCAAGUUGCCAGUAGUUUUCCUGCAAACUAUACCUGCUGCUUGUCAGAGCCUGAGAUCCCAACUGAAGAUGAACAGGCAAAAAGAUAAUGUCUGGUAUGACUGUAAAGGUGCAAAUCCUGAAGAACAAUACAUCAUUUUAAUUUUUGAGACGGGCCUUGAUCCACAUGCAAAUGCAAUAUUUGAAAAAAUAAUCGUUGAUAUUGGUGUUAGGAACAACAUUUCUGAUUUUUUUGUGAAGAUUACAUUUGAAGAAGCAAAUAGUAGGCUUGUGGCCUUUACAAAAUCCUUUGAAGACACUUCUAGAGGAAGCACGGCUCAUAAAGAAGGCAAAGCAAAACAUGUCUCUGAAUCCAAAAUGCAACUGCGAAAUGCAACACAGUUCCAGUUUUUUGAUGAUGAUGAAAGUGUUGAACCACAUACAGUCUUUAUAGGUCCUAUAGAAAAGUUGAUUGUUUAUCCCCCACCUCCUGCAAAGGGUGGUAUUUCUGUGACCAAUGAAGAUCUUCAUUGCUUAAAUGAAGGAGAAUUUUUAAACGACGUCAUCAUUGAUUUCUAUUUGAAAUAUCUGGUGCUUGAACAAUUGAAAAAAGAAGAUGCUGAUAGAAUUCAUGUAUUCAGUUCCUUCUUUUACAAACGCCUUAAUCAGAGGGAGAGGAGAAAUCUCCAAGAAACCUCAAAGCUUACAAUUCAGCAGAAACGGCAUGGACGAGUGAAAACAUGGACACGACAUGUUGAUAUCUUUGAAAAAGAUUUUAUUUUUGUUCCUCUUAAUGAAGCGGCCCAUUGGUUUUUGGCUGUCAUCUGUUUCCCUGGUUUAGAAAAUGCAAUAUAUGAGACCAAUCCGUACUACCACGAAAACGUAUCUAUGCAGGUUAAAUCUUCCUCUUUGGAUCAAGAAAAAAGCACUUCUUCUCCUAUACCUAGUGAAUUGAAUCCGUUACAUCACUCCACUUCUGCAUCUUUUACAAAGAAGGUGCUGAACAAGAAACAUAUUGCAGCAUUAACUGACACAAGCAUAGAAGCCGGGGAGACUGAAUCACAGUAUUGCAAAAGAACCCCUUCUGUGAAAAGUGGCUUAAAAAAACUAAAUCAGUUAAACAGCACCCCAGAAGGACUGAGAACUGUGGAAUCUGUGUUUCAUAAACAUGACCACAGGAUUUCAGAGGCAAAUGGCAUGCAGAAUGAAGAUAAAAUUCACAUCCAGGCUACGGAUGGUUUACAGAAAAUUAGACUAAACUACAGUGAAGAUUCAACUGACAGCACUAAACUAAAUGAAGAUGAACUAAUAGAUUUUUCAGAAGAUCAAGAUAACCAGGACAACAGCAGUGAUGAUGAUGGUCUUGCGGAUGAUCAUUGUAAUUCAGAAUUGGGACAAUGGCAUCUGAAGCCAACUAUAUGUAAACAGCCUUGCAUUCUUCUCAUGGAUUCAUUGCGAGGGCCUUCCCGAUCAAACGUCGUUAGAACACUACGGGAAUACUUGGAGGUGGAGUGGGAAGUCAGGAAAGGCACUAAAAGAAGUUUCUCCAAAGAUGUUAUGAAAGGCUCAAACCCUAAAGUGCCGCAGCAGAACAACUUUAGUGAUUGUGGAGUUUAUGUGCUACAGUAUGUGGAGAGCUUUUUUGAGACUCCUAUUCUAAGUUUUGAACUACCAAUGAAUUUAACAGACUGGUUUCCUCGCCCAAGAAUGAAAACAAAACGGGAAGAAAUACGAAACAUAAUCCUGAAUCUACAGGAACAGCAGAACAAAGAAAAGAAGGGACAGAAGGACACUAAUUUGGCAGAGAAAUCUUUUCAGGAAGGAAUAGAACAAUUUAUCAGCAGCUGUUCAGACUGAAUAUUUUCUGUUGCAUGUUAUGGCUACAUUUUAAAAAAACAAUCUUGAAAUUUACCAUAUCCUCAUUGCCCAAACUAAGGACUUGGAGUACUAUCAACUGAAACUUACUGUUGAUGCUUAUAAAUGUAUGUCAUUAAUUAAACAGAUUCCCCUCAAUAUAUUAACUAGACAAAUCUGUACAUAUGUUAAUUAGUCCAACCUUUUUCAAUAUUUGUAAUUAAGUUUUUCACUACAUAGAAGACCUUUUGUUAUGUAUUUCUGUUAAUAGAACUUAAUAGAAACUUCUAGACACAAAGCAAAUAAAGAAGAUAUUUAUAGGAUGAAUUGGUUAACUCUUUCUGUGUUUAAGUAAAGUUGUCAUUGAACAUUUCCCAGUAAGACUUCUGUAAUGCACGGGGAAUACCUAUGUAGCAAGGUGAUCAAACCCAUACUUUGAUUUACAGUUGCCAUAUACAAGAUGUGUCUGCUUCAGCUAUGUACAACAAUAUAAGAAUGUGUCUAAAUGCAUUGUGUUUCCAAGGUGAGGAGUUUGCACUUUGAAUCCGAGUGCCAGGCAGUGUAAUCUUUAGUAAAGGACACUUCAGAUAAUGAAAGAAGGAACUUCACAAGUGCUUGGAAUAAUGCUGCUUUAUGACCACAAGUUUACUCAAGCAGUAUUUAAUACAGUCUGAAACAGAGCUUAAGUAAUACUGUUGAAUCCUUUUUGGGGGCGUGGCUCCCGAUUGUUGUUCAACUGUAUUUUGACAAUUCUUUCAUUAUAAAAUUGUAUUUUUUGUAAGUGUGCUUGGAAAUAGCAGCAAAUUGUCCACAUUACAUUUUCUGUGUCAGAAUUCUGAAUGUGCAUUCAUAUGUGCUUUAUCUAUCUGAUGGAACAUUUCUUAAAUGUACGAGUACUAUUUUUUUGUAUUGUCCAGAAAACCAAAAUAUUGCUAGAUGUCAUUGCUUGCUUGCUUCCUUCCCCCCUCAAUUUUAAGUAGAGUUAUCUUCCAAUACUGAGACAACUUGUUGGCAUAUUUCCAUGAUGUAAUUUGAUUUUUAAAUUAUGUUUCAAGAAGUACAGCCUUAUGAUGCCAGCUUUUCUAAAAAGUCCAAAAGAAAUCAAGUCUCUUCCAUAACUCCUUAAAUAUUCACAAGGUAUUGAUAUUGAAAACUGGGGAACAGAAACUCCUUUGCAGAUACGUUUUGGUGUAACAAUGCUUUUGUCCAAAAGAGACUUUGAAUGGGAGGAAAUAUACCGUUGGAAUAUGCUGAGUUUUAGACCAUCACGACUCUGUAUGUCCUUUUAACCUGUAUACACAGGAUUUUUUACUUUUGCAUCGGUUCUUGAUUUUUACAGCAGUGUCACCCGCUCAGUACACCUUUUUGCUUUUGUUUUUACACGCAGCUAGUUCUGAUAUUACUUUGUCCAAAGAGGAAGACCAAGUGCAGUACUGUUUGGAGCUGUAGUGCAGCACACAAAAUUGCUUCUGUCUAAUUGGCUUCAAUUUAAGGAGCCCAGCUUUAGGAUUGCAGCCUUAGGUUUUCCAUACUUUCCCAAUAUUUGCCGUGGUCAGACCAGCUGUAGAACCCUCAUGGCAUUGUCAGUGUUACACUCAAGAAAUCCAUAGGGAUAACUUGUGACUCUGAAGAAACAACUCUUGGCAUUAGAUAUAAAAGCGCACAAGUGGCACUAAUGAUCCAGCAUUUAUGCCUCAAAAUUGAGAAUUACUAGUCAUUUUUUAGAAAGCUAGCUAGAGUAAAACCUAAAAAGGAUUGACAACAAAUGUAAACAUUUGUUGGUGUGGCAAAAUAAUAAUAAUAGUACUUCUUGAACAAGUUAUAUUAGAAGAGUAGACUUAGCAAAAUGCAUACCAGCCUGGGCAAGGUUUUUUUGUUGAAAUGAUUUUUUUAAAAAAACAAAAACAAAACAGGUUGUGGUAUACUUUAGUUCUGAUUACAUGGUUCUGUUUUUCAGAAUGUCCUGGAGCUUGUAUUCCUUUUCGAGAUGUGAAGAAUGCAAUGUUUCUCUUAAUAUUAUGGUAAUGGAUCAGUCAUGCAGCAACCUGAUACACAUGUUGAUAUAGGAAAUUUAUUUUUUUAAUAAAAUGGUCAAAAAACAA